GACACCAGCCCGCUAUACCGUCAACAUUGUCUCAGCAAGCAGACUUUUCUACUGCCCAUUCAUCACACUGCACGUUCAGGACAUAGCUCACCACGGACACCUUAGAAUGGACGUGGCUCUCAUCUUUUUCAUACUCAGCUGUUUGGGAACCUUUCAAGGUUGCCAUGGUUACAACAAGACGACGCUUGCGUCAACAGAAUCAGAGAGUCGUCUGCUGCGGAACCUCCUGUCAGACUACGACAAGCGAAUCCGACCAGUGGUCAAUCCUUCGGACACUGUCCACGCAUCUCUGGGCUUCAGCCUCAAAGCUCUGCUCUUCCUGUACAACGUCGCUCAGCAGGUGUGCGGUAUGAAGUUCGCGAGCUACGUCUACCACGGCCAUCAGCUCAACAUCACCUACUUCGGCGGCUCCCCAACCACCGCCUGUGACAACUCCGACUACGUCACCAACAAAAACUGGGCUCUCCUCGGCACCACCUGUGCUGUAAAGGAGAAAAAAUACGCCUGCUGCCCAGAUCCGUACCCUCACAUGCAGGUGAACUUUACCUUCCAGCGUAACCCAGACUACUAUGUCCAGCUGUUUGUCUUCCCGGCUGUCCUGCUUGGGGGCCUGGUGCCUGUCACUCUGCUCAUGCCGCCAGAGUCCAGGGAGAGAGUGACAAUAGGCUCGUUUAUCGUCCUGGGUGUGCUCAUCCUGAGUGCCAAGUUGUGUGACGUACUGCCCCUGGCCCACGCUCAGCUUCCCGCCAUAAGCAUCUACUAUACACUGACGCUGCUGUGGUCAGUUCUGUCCCUGGCCUGCUCCGUGUUUGUGCUGAACCUUCACAACAGAGGACCCCGCAGGCGAAAAGUACCGGAGACUAUCCGAUGGAUUUUUCUGCGGAGCCUCAAGCGAUUGGUGUGCCUUGGGAGCGACAGCUACUACCCCCUGUCUGACGUGGACCCCAUUUCUAUGCGCGGCCUGGACAAAACCAUCAGCUCCCAGGACCGACAGUUGACCAACGUUGAGAACAGGAGCGCCACCACGUCGAAAAUGGAGAAGGACCUGGAGGAAAUCACGCGUCAAGUGAACCUGCUCAGCGCCAGGAUAUCAGUGCAGGAUGCCAGAGACGACGCGCUGUGCGAGUGGCGACAAGUGGCUCUUGUGGUAGACAGAGUCCUCUUCUUCUUCUUCUCCCUCAUCUUCCUCAUGUGUAGCGUGAUCCUGUUGGCGUAGAGUGGGAUGUACGGUGUACACUUCACACGUCUCCCGAGAUCUGGAGGACCCAACAGAAUGGCGGCAAGACAGCUUGUCGAGUUCCCGGAC